CAAUGGUCGGGACCUGUUGAAGAGGUUAAAGGGGAAGAAGAUACUAUUCGUAGGGGACUCUCUAAGCCUCAACCAAUGGCAAUCACUAACAUGCAUGUUGCAUGCUGCAGUGCCCCAAACCAACUAUGCCCUAACAAGGAAAGCCGACAUCUCUGCGUUUUCUUGGCCCGAUUAUGAUGUUUCAAUUAGGUUAUCUCGCAAUGCAUUUCUGGUGGACCUAGUGGAUACAAAGGAAGGCAGGGUUCUAAAGCUGGACUCUAUUGAAAACGGCAAAACAUGGAAAGGAUACGACGUGCUUAUCUUCAAUACUUGGCAUUGGUGGCUCCACAAAGGAAGCAAACAACCAUGGGACUACAUAGAAGCAGGAGGUAAGAUAGUGAAGGAUAUGGACCGUUUGGAUGCUUUUAGAGAGGGAUUAACUACUUGGUCCAAGUGGGUGGACUCUAAUGUUGAUGCUGCCAACACCAAAGUUUUCUUUCAAGGCAUUUCUCCAACUCAUUACAUAGGAAAAGAAUGGGACGAGUCAGAGUCAGCAACUUGCAAAGGACAAAAUCAACCUGUAAGUGGUUCAAAAUACCCAGGAGGAUCACCAGCAGCAGCAACUUUGGUCAACCAAGUGUUGACGGCCAUGUCAUCGCCAGUAACUUUGCUGGACAUAACAUUGCUAUCGGAACUGAGGAAAGAUGGGCACCCAUCUGCAUAUGGUUUGGGUGGAGAUAAAGGAAACGAUUGCAGUCACUGGUGCCUUGCUGGUGUCCCUGACACCUGGAAUGAGCUUUUUUAUGCAAGUCUUGUGGCUACUGACUGAGAAUUAUUUAGAAUGGGAAACAAAUACAUAAAUGUAUAAAUUACUUGGCUACAAAUGAAGUGGGUGGUAGCCUCUAUUCUAUCU